AUGCCAGAGGUCUAUGUUCCCACCGUCUUCGAGAACUACGUGUGCCAAGUUCAGGCCUACGGAGAGUCUGUCGAAGUGGCUCUGUGGGAUACUGCUGGGCAGGAGGAUUACGAUCGAUUGCGAUCCCUCGCAUAUCCUGACUCCGACGGCGUCUUCAUAUGUUUUGCUGUAGAUUCUCCGGACAGUUUGGAUAACGCUCAAGAGAAAUGGAUAAGAGAGGUAUUGCACUUCUGCAAAGAGGUUCCUGUUUUCCUCCUAGGGUGCAAGAACGAUCUUCGUGACGACCCUUCAACUAUUGGAGACCUUUUAAAGACUUCACAAUACCCGGUGAAAUCUGCUGUGGCUGAAGAAGUGGGCCGAGGCUUGGGCGCUGUUGAGUAUUUUGAUUGUUCUGCAAAGACCGGAGCCGGCGUCGAUGUAGCCUUAGAGAAAGCGGUUAGGCAUGUGUUGCACGGAGAACUGGCACAGGAGAAAGGGAGAAAAGGCCGCAGUUUCUUCUAG